GAAAACUAAAAUUGGUGAGGAUCAUUCUCUAGUUCAGGUGGUAAGAAGUGAAAUAAGGGAAAUGAAUUCAAAUACUGAUGCUUCCAUUGGGUCGCUAAAGCCUACGAAACAGAGGGUUUCGUGGAUUGUUGAGAUCGAAUCGAACAAGGAACGCUAUGCUCACGAAGUGGAGCAGCCACCGAAGAUCCAGAAGGUUUCGAUGACCUUUCGCGCGAUCGAGUCCAACAAGAACUGCUUCGAUCCCGUGGUGAUUGCGAUCGGACCUCUCCACCACGGCAAGCCGGAGCUAGAACGAAUGGAAACUUUCAAGAUUCAGUUUGCUUUACAGUACGCGCAUCAAAGUAACAAAUCAAUGGAGGAAUUGUAUGAUGCGGUAGAGAAGCAAGCGAUCGAUGCCAGGAACUGCUAUGCCAAGGGCUCAACAGAUGCGUUUGAUGAUGACGAGGAGUUUGCAAAGAUGAUGUUCCUCGACAGUUGCUUCGUUCUUCAGUUCAUUUACAGUUGUGUGAAUCCCACAGAGGCUGAUGUAAAGAUGAAGAGCAACGAUAAGAUGUUCAUUUUACGCGAUAUUACGUUAUUAGAAAAUCAACUCCCUUUUGAGUUCCUGAAGGCAUUGAUGAACUUGAGGUUCAAAGAAGGAGAAGGAGAGCAGAUGAUUGACAAGUUCAUCAUCAGCCUAAUCAUUGGAGAUCCUUAUGAGGAAAAUGUGAGAUGUUGGAAGCCGAAAGGGGACGAGAAAGGAAAGGAGCAGCCUGUUCAUCUUCUUGAGCUAGUUCGUACUGAAUUCGCCGAUGUUGAUGAAAUAACAAAGGGUAAGUCGUAUUCAAAUUGGUGCUAUUAUCGCUCGGUUACAGAAUUGAAGUCAGUGGGAAUCAAUUUCAAGUGUAGUUACUCGCGGAGGUUUUCUGAUAUCACGUUCAAGUCUGGAUGCUUCUUGUCUGGAUGUCUCAGACUCCCUCCCAUAACCAUUGACGACGGCACCAAGUCUUUGCUUUUGAACUUGGUGGCUUGGGAAGCUUGCCCCGACACUCCUGACGAUUUUGGGGUUUCUUCUUAUGUUUAUUUCAUGGAUACAUUAAUCGAUCGUGCUGAAGAUGUGAAGGAAUUACGAUACAACGGCGUAAUACUCAACGGGCUGGGCAGCGACGAGCAGGCUGUCGAACUUUUCAACGAGAUCGGUAGAAAUUUGGUGUCCAAUCCUGAGGCUUUUGGGAAAGUUAAGGAGUCUAUUGACGGCUACCACAGCAGUCGCCUUAGGUUGUGGUGGGCUGAAUGGCUGCACAAGCAUUUCAGAAGCCGAUGGGCCUUAAUUGCUUUGAUUGUUGGAUUUCUUGCACUCGGCUUGACUGUCGCACAAACGGUUUUUUCUGCCAUUCAAUUAUAAAAAUAAUUAGGUUGUGGUGGGCUGAAUGUGUUUAUCUUGGACGGAAACAAUUUAAUGUAUAAUCAGUUAGAAGAUUGUGGCAGUUUCUAUUAUUAAUGCAACACCCCCA